AUGUCCCAACCAAAAGAAGACCCAGAGAAGCUAGCGGAUCAAGUAGUCUAUUUCUCCUUACGCCUUUCCUCUCCCGCGACGUUUGCCUCAGCGGUCGACGGGGCAUUCGCGCAUGCGGACCCAGAAGAGGCCCAAUUCUACCAAUACCUAAAGCAAAACAACCGAAUCCAGUCCGAAUUUCACGCCACUCUUAUCCAUGUCAAUGACCGCACCGCAAAUCCUGCAAUCUGGGAAAAGUACAAAGCAGAUUACAAAGAGGCGCUCAGUCGGGAGGGCAGCGGAGACCUCACCCCUAGCUUAGGUGCUGGGGAAAUCCUCCCAGAUCACCUGGUCUGGGACCAGAGAAUCAUGGCUCUCGCGGUUAAGAUGAACGGCGAAGAUGGACCGCUCCCCUGUGCGAACGCAAGCCCACACGUCACGGUCGGGACAGCGGACGAUUCGAUCAAGGCGUUCGAGAGCAAUGACCUGUUGAAGCGGUGGAGGGAAGGUGAUCAAUCAACGGGUCCAAUCUAUGCUAAGGUCUUCCCAAGGGGGUAUAAUUUUGAGAGCUCUAUCCAGGCUAAUUUUGCUGGGUGA